CAUACCACACCUGCUGCAACACCACCACGGCCUACAUACCAUAUCCAUUGCUUUUCAUCCAACCAGUUAGUCCAAUCAAACCAUCCAAUAAUGACGAACAGCAUCCCAGGCGCACUCGGAGACUUUGUGUCCUCCCUCUCCGCCAUCGCCACCUCCCUCGUGCAAUCUAUCAUCGCGCUCUUCCAGGCGUUCUUGGCGCUGUUGCAGGAUGUGGCGAGCUCGGCGCUGCAGCUUGUGCAGACGUUUGUAACGUUGGGCAUAGAUCUAUUCCAGGGUGUUGCGGGGUUCGUUAUGGCGAACUUCUUAGUGAUCGCUGUGCUCGGAGGAGGGUAUUAUCUGUAUACGACGAAGUACCAAGGAGGGCAAUCUAGGGGGAACGUGAAGGUGAAGCGGUAGAGGGUUGUCUGUUCGAACGCCCCUAUUGUUGGCUCUGUUGUGUUACGAGUCUGUUUGUACGAUCAUAGGCGCAUUCACGAUUUCUGGAUUGACUCUUGCUUUUUCGGGUGUACGGUAUUGAUUGUAUUGUAGUAGUGCUGCUAUUUACGUUGUACCCUAUGCCACUAUUACUUCGUCU